UUCUAGUUGAUAAAUUAUCGCGAAUUGGAGUAUUUGGUGGAAAGUAUGGGCCCACUUGAUGUAUCCGGAAUAAAAAUAUUGCAUAAAGACUUCCCUAAAGAAGAAAUGGCAAAGAUGGUAUCUUCCCCGGUUAUGACAAAUUUAUCAUUGGCGUUGUUAAUCAUUUUUUUUGUAUUUCUGGCUGUCUUGCCGCCACAGGGGAAGGAUACUCCGGGUAGCUUCGAUAUUUCAUAAAUAUGACUUGUUCACACUUCCAGUAUUCAUAGAAUUUCAUACGAAUUCUCCCAUUUUUCAUAAAGUGAAGAAAUUCAUAAGUCUUCAUAGUCUUUUUAAGAAUAUUUUC